AUGAAAAAUGGGUUCAAAAAAUUUAGCAUAAAAAAAAGUUUUUUUUUUAAGGAGCUCCAAUUCCCGGAAAUUUUAGGGAAUGAACUAAUUCGUAAUUUUAAUGAAAAUACAGAUUUGUAUUUUCAGUUUGUAAAAGGUUCUUAUUUAUAUGUCUAUAAAAUCAGAAAAUUGAUCUGCAAAGAUUGCUUGCAUUUGCUCCGGUUUUUUGAUAGUCUUGUGCGCGUAUUGUUAUAUGUUUCUGUAAGAAUAUUUGACAUCAAAAUGCGCAUAGGAAUACAGUUUUCAUAA